AUGUUUUGAAUUCUCCAAUAAAAAUACAACAAAAUUACGCGGGAAAGUAAUGGUGGUGGUUCAGGCCUGAGGUUGCCUCUUUGAGGCCAGCUCGUGGUCCGCCCCAGCGCGCCCAGCUUGGCUUGGCUUGGCUUUUAUGUAUGUGUGUGUAUGUAUGUUUGUUGUAUGGGGGCUUUACUGAGGUGAGCUGCUGAGUUGUGAAGGGAAGUUUAGUGAAAGUAAAUGUUUUGAACGCAGAACUAGGUAAGUACAGAACAUUUGUUUGUACUUUUGAAUGAGUAGAUACGAAUAGCCUUUGAAGUAGAUUGAAGGAAGGAUAUUAAGUGUGUUUUUUUUAAAAAAAUCAUGGAAUUUAAUAUUAAAUAGAAAAUAAUGAUAUUGGUUGAUAUGAAUUACUUGUUAGAGAAAAAGAAGUUGAAUUUAGUGUUUUAUUUUCACACACGUUUUUGGGAACAAGUUUAUUGUAUUAUUUCGCCGUUUAAUAUCUGAGUUCAUAUUAAUUGUAAGACCUUAAUUUUUCUCGGUAUGUUCAUUUUGCCAUAACCUUUCAUAUUUUAGUGUACUUAGGCGCGAUAAACCUCGACUGCAUCGGUUAAGUUAAUAAAAACAAGCGUAAUUGAGGUACAUAACUUCAAUGCAAAGAUAAAUGAACCGCAAGAACGAAAAGUAGAUAAAAAAUGAGAAAACUGCAAAAAUGAAAAAUAUUAGCAAGGUAUCAGAUCAACAUAGCAAAGAGUUAUCCACUUGUACUCCAUCAAUACAAGAUGGAAAUGAAUGUUUAACUGACAAAGUUGAAAAAAGUUCUGAAACUAGUCCUGCUGUGAGUCGAUAUGGUCGAACUCAUAAGCCAAAAAUAUCAGAAGAUUUUCUUCCAACAGAUAAAAAAGUUGGAGCAAUACUUGGUUUAAGCCCCAAAUCAAGAUUAUCACUUGCUCAUGAUUCAUCUCGAUCUUCAACUUCUCCUAAUAAAGCAGUAGAGAAAGGAAGAAUUAUACAUGAAUUAUUCAAGGAAGAAAGAAAAUCAACUAGAGGUAGAAAACCUAAAUUGAAAUUGAGCAAUUCCUCACAUUUAGAAAAGAAACUUGAGGAAAAGAGAAAUGAAUCGCUUUGUGAAAAAACACUUGAGGUUAAAUCUGAAGUCUCCACAAGUGAGAAAGCCAAAGAUAACCAUCAGACACAGGUGGAAGUUGAGAAAAGCAACAUAGUUAAUAAGGGAGAAAAUGAAGUAGACCAUGAAAUUAUGAGUCCAGAUGUCACCUCAUCAGUUGAUGAUAAUAUUUUAUCUGAAAGACUAGGAGAUUCUCUUGUUCAGAUCAAAAUAGGGUCAGAUUGUGGAUGGGUACCAGGAGACUUAGCUUGGGCUCGUGUAGGUGGUCAUCCAUUCUGGCCUUGCAUGAUAGCAGUUGAUCCCCACAGUGCUGUGUACACAAAAAUCAAAAGAGUGGGACGUGGUUUGUCUUCUGUGCAAAGGAGUUUACAUGUCCAGUUUUUUGGAGAUAAUGGACGACAUAGCUGGGUUACCACCAAUUGUGUUAUAAAAUUCGAAGGGAAAAAUGGCCUUCAGAGUUUUGCUGAAAAAGUGUUAUCAGAGAUAAAGAAAAAGGACAAAAAAUUUUCCUCUGCAUUUUCAAUAAGACCAUCAUCAAAGGUUCAGUGGGAUUGUGCAGUCCAGGAAGCAGAAGAGGCAUUACCUAAAACGAAUCAAGAAAGAAUAAAGUUUUUUGAAGAAAACUUCCCCCCAGAAAUAAAUGAUGAAAAUCAGGGUACAAAAGAUGAUGCUAACACAGCAGAUGGAGAGAAAAAACAAUCAAAGACUUUCAAAAGAAAGAGGAAUAGCAUCAGUGGAGAUGAUAAACCUCGUAAACAGAUAAAAGUUGAUCCUGAAAGUAAUGCAAUUAAAAUCAAAGAAGAAAAAGAAAUUAGUGAAAGAAUUGUAAAUGCUUCAAGUGAAAGACCGAAGAAACGAAAAAGGCACGAGAAGAAAGAACCAUACGAUUUUCGUAUCUUUGCUGAUAAAUAUUCCAAACAUGCCUCUGAGAUUCAUCCAGGACUGAGUGAAGAAAACCUUCAGAAGUUGAUGGUUAGGAUGUGGUCGGCAAUGGAUGAGAGUGAAAAAGCAGUAUACAAACGAGAGAGAGAAGAUAGUUUUGAUGAGUCCUCAUCGGCUGAAGAGGAUACUAGCGACAAUGAUGACAGAGUUGAAAAUUAUAAUGAUAAUUCGUCUGAUAGCACAAGAGUGUCUACUCCCUCUCUUACUUUUGCAGGUGCACUCGUGAAGAAAGUUAGUGGUUUAUUUCGAGGAACACGCCAAGAAAAGGUGUGUCAAAUCUGCUGGAAACCGGGUAAUACAAUCAAAUGUAGAGGUCCUUGCUUAGGUGUAUUUCAUGUAGACUGUUACAAGUAUCCAACGGUGAAAUCAGAAUGCCCUGAAACUGAAAUUAAAAAGAGAGGCAGAAAACCUAAAAAUAUGAAGAGUGAUAAUGCUAUUGCAAGUGAGAAUGGAGGAGACAUUAUCAGUGAUAACAGUGCUGACAAGGAAAGUAAAGUAGAGAAAACCACUAAUGAAGAAGAAAAAGAGAAGUACAAUGGUGAUAAAGAAAACAAACAAUCAACAGAAGAGUUUGAAAGUGGAGAAUUUCGAUGCAGAGAUUGUGCAGAGAAUCGUAUGCCAUUGUGUUUUGUAUGUGGUUCUGAGAAAGAUCCAAAGACAGAUUCAGAUGUCAGAAUUCGUUGCAUUAAUGGUCACUGUGGCAAAUUUUAUCACUUAGAAUGCGUGAAAGCUUGGCCUCAAGCUUCAUGUGUGGGUUCGUCUAAGAAACAAAUUAAUGGAAAUAAGAAUGUUAUGGCAACAGAAGGAUCUGCAACACAAGUUUUAACAUGCCCACAACAUGUAUGUCAUACUUGCGCAUCUGAUGAUCCUCGAAAUGCAACAAUGCGUUUCAACCAUGAGCGUUUAGUGAGAUGUAUUUUGUGUCCAACUACAUAUCACACAGGUAAUUACUGUGUUCCGGCUGGCUCAGAAAUAUUGACUGGCUCUCAGAUUAUUUGCCCUAGGCAUUAUGAAGCCCCUGUCAAAGGAAAUCAUCAUGUUAAUGCUGCAUGGUGUUUUAUUUGUGCAAUGGGUGGAUCGUUAAUUUGCUGUGAUUUGUGUCCAACUUCUUUUCAUGCUGAAUGUCUUCAUAUUGCUCCUCCUGAGGGAGGUUACAUCUGUGAAGAUUGUGAUACAGGACGUUAUCCUUUGUAUGGUGAAGUAGUUUGGGUUAAAUUGGGAGCAUACAGAUGGUGGCCUGCCCAAAUAUUGUUUCCUAAUCAAGUACCUGAUAAUAUUGAGAAUUUGACUCAUAAGCGGGGUGAAUUUGCUGUGAGAUUUUUUGGUUCACAUGAUCAUUAUUGGGUUAAUCGUGGACGGGUAUUUUUGUAUCAAGAAGGGGACACUGGACAUAAGUCAGCCAAAAAAACUUCUGUUGAUGGUCUAUUUCAAAAAGCCUUAACAGAAGCUGCAGAAGUUCAUAAGAAAAUCAGAGUAGAUCGAUCACUACGUGAAGCAGAAGCUCGGCCUGGCAUGAAACCCCCAUCAUAUGUACGAAUAAAAGCCAACAAACCUGUCGGAAAUGUACGGGUGUAUGAAGCUGAUCUUUCAAGCAUGACACCUUGUGAAUGUGAUCCUGAUUCCAAAAACCCUUGUGGUAUUGAUUCUGAUUGUCUCAACAGGAUUUUAAUGGUGGAAUGUACUCCUGGGGUAUGUGCAGCAGGAGAUAGAUGUGGAAAUCAGUGUUUUGUGAAAAGACAAUACCCUCCACUUGAACCCUUCAGAACUGAAAGCCGAGGUUGGGGUCUAAGAGCUUUGAAGAAUCUUCAUAAAGGUGAAUUUGUCAUUGAGUAUGUUGGUGAAAUGAUUGACGAGGCUGAAUAUAGACGACGUUUAGAUGACAAACAUAAAGAGAAGGAUGAGAAUUAUUAUUUUCUCACAAUUGACAAUCAUAGGUUGUUAGAUGCUGGUCCAAAAGGAAAUGUUGCCAGGUUUAUGAAUCAUUCAUGUCAACCUAAUUGUGAGACCCAAAAAUGGACAGUGAAUGGAGACACACGAGUUGGACUUUUUGCUUUACAAGACAUCCCUAAGGGCGAAGAACUGACCUUCAAUUAUAAUUUGGAAUGUGUUGGUCCUGAUAAAAAACCAUGCAUGUGCGGAGCUCCAAACUGCAGUGGUUACAUAGGUGUUAAGGUCUCCAAGCUAGUUGAAGAUGACAGAAAAGCUAAAUUAGGACGGCAAGAUAAUCAAAAGUCUGCAAAAAGAAAAAAGAAACGCCAAUAUAUAAAAUUGACAGAAGCAGAGUGCUUUGAAUGUGGUGGUGGAGGAGAACUAUUGUUGUGUGAUAAUAAAACCUGUCCAAAAGGAUUUCAUUUGAACUGUGCCAAACGUAAGAAUUGGCCUGAAGGAAAAUGGUUGUGCCCCUGGCAUUAUUGUGAUGUAUGCCAGCGCCGCACUGGGAAACGUUGUGGGUUUUGUCCUCGUUCGUAUUGCAUUCAGCAUGCAGAUGGUAAUAUUAGAUUAAACAGCUCACUGGGCAUGGUGUGUCAAAAACAUGAUGAAGAAUUGGAACUUAAAGCAGUGUCAAACCCCUAUAAUGAAAUUUUGGAGGAUGUGGAAAUGUGUUUAAAAGGAAUUAAUAACAGUAAUGAUAGUAAAGAUGUGUUGCAAGAUGAAAAAGAGUCCAAAACAAAUGAUAGCUCUGAACUUGCAGAAGAAUGUACAAACAUUGAAGUCAAUCCACAUUGUGGUGAAUUAAUUGUCAAUUCUAAUAAUCCAUCUUACGAUUCAGUUUUGAGCUCACCAAAUGACCAGGCAACAUCCCAAGAAAUUGAUGACAAACCUCAGGAGUCCACUUCAUUACUUUCCAACAGCAACAUGUCUAUAAAAAAGAAGAGAGGGAGACCAAAGAAAUAUCCUUUGUCACCACCAACCCUUGCUCAUUACAUUACUCCUAAAUUUCCUGGAAAGAGUGAAAUGAAAACACUUCACUUUAUUUCAAAGCUAGAAGAUGGUCGUGUAUUAAAGAAGAAAAGAGGGAGAAAGAAGAAGAAUCCAUUACCGGAUUCUGAGUUGAAGGAGAUAGUACAGUUAAAUACAGGUGUGCAAACAUGUACAGAAGAUCAAAAAACUGUUGAAGCUGAGCCCCUGCCUGAAAACAGGCUUCAUUCUCCCCUUAAACAUUUAGAUGAAACAACACCAAACAAUGCAUCAAAUCUGGUAUUCCCUAGAACAUCUAAUAGGAAGAGGCAGCCUUCUGAAAAACUUGCUGCUUAUAUAAGUAGUCAAACAAAGUCUGCUAAAAAACGGAAAAAUAAAACUCUUGACAAUUAUGUUAUUAAAUUAGAAACUACCACUACAACCGAUUUAGAGAGGAAUGCUUUCGUUAAAUGUAACAGUAGUCCUGAGGCAAUCAAAUCUGAUAAGAACUUGAUAAGAUCUGAUAGUGAAUUGAAUGGGGCAUCUUAUAGCACUCCAAUUAAGAAAGGUCGAGGCAGACCAAAAAAGAUUUUAAUUAGAAGGUUGGAGAAAAGAAUCACUUUUAAAUCAAAUGAGGAUGCCAAAUUCAAUCAGAGUAAAAAAAUUUCUGACACCUCUGAAAAAUCUUAUGUAAUAAAGUCAGUCAAAGACUCCAAACCUACAAAAUCUCCUAAAAAGACUAACAAAAUGUACACAGCAAAUAUGGAUAAAAUAUUUGCAGCGAAAUCUGACAAAAACUCUGCUGUUUCAGACAAGAGAAAUGCUAGUAAAACAACAAAGAUCUAUUCAACUCCCAGAGCAAGUAAAGAUAUUCAGCCUGUUCUGAAGUCUUAUAUGAAAAAGAUGCCAAAGAAAACUAUUCUGCAAAGAGUAGAUCAUAAGCCUGAUCUUAGUAAAUUUCCUUUAGAUUGUAACCAAAAGUUAUUGGCCGCUAAUUUCACUGAAAACAGAUUUCAACCAAGAGAAAAUGUCCUUGUAACAAUAUCAAGUGCAUCAAUAAAGGUCGGUGAUGAGCAAAGGCAUUUGUUCCAGAAACACGGAAUAAAUGGAACGAGUGAAAUUGCUGUUAAUAAUACUCUACUAGAGUCUUUUGAUGAUAAUGAGACUCAGUACUUCAGUGAAAAUAUCACUACAAUACCAAUAAAGUUUUCAGAAUUUGGUCAAAUGAAUGAUGAAUUUGGAAUUGAAAACCAAUCACCAAGUGAAGAAUUGAUUGAAACUCAUACAAAUUUGGACUCUGAGUUUAUUACUCCUCACAGUGAAGAAACCACUGAAAAAUUGUCAGAAGAUGGUAAAUACCAAAUAUUGACGAAUAUGCGCCCAGAUUCACUUGAUAUAGAGAAACAAGGUUCAGUUAUAAUGGGAGUGGAAAGUUGACUUGAUUUUUAUAAAUAAGUUCUGCUGAACAAUAUUGAUAAAGCUAUUUCAGCCCAUGAACACAGCUUUAGUUUUAUUAGUGUGCAGAAAUCCAGAACCAAUUAACUAGACUUUGUACUGUUUUGAGAGAUAAGUUUAAUACAUGUAUUGGGGGGCGGGGGGAUAAAGAUUUAACUGUAGGUUUAAAGAGAACUCUCACACAUUGGUAUAUCAAGCUAGUUAUAAUGAAAGAUGAUAAAAAUAAUAAAAUCCGUAGUUCCUUUUUCAAAAGGUGGAAAACAGUAUUUCAUCAUAAGGAAAGGGACUUCUAUUUAAUUCAAUAGCAUUUUUCAGUUGAUAAUUGGGCCAACAAUAAUAAUUAAACUGGAUCUCAUUAUCUAAUGGUACUGAAUGAACUUGUUACAAAUUUUGUUUUUAUUAAGUAAACUAAUUCUAUUAGUGGUGUAAUUUAUCAUAAAAUUAAGUGUUCAAAAUGGUUAUCCUGAGUGUACAAUUUUGUAUGUUGAUUUGUUUCAGUACUUUUUUGAAUUUACUACUUUCAGCAUUUGGAUAUAAAUGCUUCUCUUAAAAGUUUAUUUUCAGAAUGUGUUGUACCUUUAUUCAUUAUUUGAGAUCAUGGAAAUUAUUGUGGUAUCUUCAGCACUGGAAGUAAAUGAAUAGCAAUUAAUGUUUUUUUCCAAUUGACAUGUUUCCUAACAUUUUUUUUUAUUUUUAUUGGCGACUUCAAUUUUUGGAAUAGAGCAAAGAGUAAAUUGAUUUUUGAGUCUUUUGGGACUAUGUACUUUAGUAGAUUUGUGACCAAUUCUUUACAUUGUCAAAAGAAUCAUUAUUUGUGAUUCUGUAAUGAUUUUUUGUAUCUGUCCUUGAUGAUAGUACAAUAAGUGUCAUUCAAAGAUCAUCAUGAAUGAUGUGCAUGUAAUUUUUAGUUUAAUUUAUUAAGAAAUUAUUUUAGUUUAAGCUUGUGAUAAAACAAAAAUUAGUAAGAGUGCAGGGAAAUAAUUUGUAUAUACAGUCUGUGUGAUUUAGUUUUAUAUGUGUAUGUGGAAAGUGUAUUGCACUGUCAACCUUACUUUAAAAUCAAUAUGAUAUAUUAAUGAAACCUAUGAAUGAUAUGCCCUUCAAAGAAAACAAUUAUUCUUUAUUCAGUUAAAACAUGUACAUAAAACUGAAAUAAUCUAAUUGUAAUGAAUACAAUAAACACUUUUAAUAAAAAAAAAUUUACCAGAUGCAUUUCUGACUAGAGUUGUGCACUUCAAUGUAUAUUUCUGAAUGAAUUUUGGAUUUUGUUAGGAAAUUUUUGUUUCUGUGAGGAUUGAAAUUCAACUCAUUUAGUUCAAAACCAUCAUUCAUUUUGCUGAAGUUGUACAUUCCAUGAUUAUUUCUCUAUAUUACUGUAAAUCAAGCAUGCAGGAGUGAUGAACGUUUUGUGUUAACUGAUUCAAUAAGGUAUGAAAUUGUGAGAAUUUGUUUGUAAGAUUGUUUACCCUUGUUUUCCAGGGUCAAUGAAUUGUAUUGUAUCCAUUGAUAGUUUUAGAAGUGUAUGUUAGAAAACUAGUUUUGCCUAAUUUUGUUUCUUUGCAUUAAGUGUGAUGUAGGUUUCUUUCAGUAGAGAUGUAUUUUGCAAUUGUUUUCCAAGCUGUUUUAGAAUGUUGAUAUUACUUGUCUGAAUGCAAGUAAUUCAGAAUUUGAAGUGAUUUAAUUUUGUUGAUAUUGUGUGCAAUAAAUUCAUUAUUUGUACAGUUCAUUCUUUUAUAACAUUUAUAUAUUUUUUUAUUCUUUUAUAUACUGUCUUUGAGAAGUUCAAAUAACCCCACUGUAUUGAAUACUUUGUUACUGCAUACACCUAAAGGCAACAUGGCUAUCUUGUAAGUCAAUGGCAAAAUUUCAGUCAUUGCAAACAGCUAUAGAACUAUUAGACUUGCAUAGUAGGUAUUUUGAAACAGAAUUUCCUUAUGACCCUAAAUAUCAUAGAGACAGCAAGUUCAUGGCACUUUGCCAAGAAAAUGUGCUAAAAGAUGUUUUCUAACAUUUUGGAAAAUUUAUUUCUAUCAUUGUCAUCGAGGCUGUAUGUACCCAGGAAGAUUAAUGUGGACUUUACAAUGCUAAGCUAUUACUGCUAAUACACGCAUGUACAUGAUACAAAUAUUUUGAACACAAUAAUCACAUCCAACGGGGGGGGGGGAAUUAACUUGUGGAUAAUACCUUAUACUCAAAAAACGGCCACAAAUAGUGGUGAAUGAACCAAUUUUCGGGGGAUACUAUGUCAUCUUCAAAAUGGCAUCACCUGGGCAGCCAAGAUCAUUCCCAUGACUGGCCAUGGAAGUCUGAUAUAACUGUUCCAAACAAAAUGUGCUCUUGCUUGAAAUGUUAAACAACAAAAUAUCAAAGAUUGUUUUGUCCAAACCAACUUCAGGUCUUUCUAUUGAUUUAAUCUUGAAUUUGUUGAAUUUUAACAGUCUUAUCAGGUGAAGAAUUCACAAUAUCAAACAAAUGGUCCUAUUAAAAGUUUUAAGGCAUUUCAUGCUCAAUUGUAUUGGUCCAUAAAAAAAAUAUAGAUGAAUAAAUUCUGGGUUUACUGUGACCAAAAGUGGCCUUUUCUUGAUGACCCGUGUCUGUACAGCUUCACUUUAAAGUAGGAUCGUUUCUCAUAAAUUGCAGUUGUUCUAUUAGUGUUAUUUUUAAUAUUCUAAACAUAGCAGUAUAGCACUCUGUUGGACUAAUAUUGAACUGAAUAAACACUUCUACAGUAAUAGAAUAUGUAAAAAUAAUAUUUAAAAAAUGGUAUAUAGAAUAUGAAAUUCAUUUGAUAUGAAGAUGGAGGCAGGAUAAGAAACAAUCCUUGAAAUCGAAAAAUGCUUAUAUAUUACACAAAAAAAUGUAGUUAAGGUGUAAAGAUGAAAAGGGACAAAAAUUGGUAUGUACACGAAUUUCACAGACGUCUGUUUCGAAUGUGGUUGGGCCACUCUGCUUCUCAAAGUCAGUAAUACCCGAUUCUGAAUCUGUCGUCCCAUCAUGCUCUUCAAAGUCUAAUUUUCGUUGCUCUUUAUAAGCAGUCCAAGUCUUCGUCGGAGGGAAUUACGGUCCAUUGACAAUGCAAACGUAAACAUAAGCCUAGGACGUAAACAUUAACAUAAGUGAUAGACUGAAGUAUUCACAAUGUCUAACAUAUACGU